AUGACUACUGAAGAGAUGACGCUCGCAGAGAUGAAAGCGGCCUACGAGAAGGCCCAAGCAGAGCUGGCCCAAGAAAGGGCCUCCAUUGAAAACCUCCAGAAGGAGCUCGAAUCCGUGAAAAGUAACAAGUAUCAAUCGCGUAACAAGCCAGGUGCAAAACCGAAGAAGUUGAUAUUCGAGAUGACUGGCGACUCUGAAGACCUGUCCGACGGCGAGGAUCCACAUGAGGAAAAGGAUGAAGCAAUACCGGACCCCGUCACCAAGCGCCUAAAUAAGAUGGAAAAUCACAUGAAUAAGCGAUGCUCGUUGAUGAUGAAGUUGAUGACCAAACUGCCGGGGGCACCCACGCCCGUGGAGACCGAGCCGACCGACGGGUAUGCAGCAUCGCCGUUCUGUGAAGCGAUCGCUAGGGUGACGGUACUACACCAGCUCCGACUCCCUACCUGGACCACCCUGUAUGACGGAACGUCUGAUCCAUACAGACACGUCAACUUCUACAAGCAGCGAAUGUGGCAGAUCGGCAUCCCCUACGACCUAGUCGAGCCCGUCAUGUGCAAAUCCUUCGGAGGAACCCUCGACGGAGCAGCCCUGGAAUGGCUCAUGAACAUAACACCUGGAUCUAUCUUCUGCCUGUCCGACCUCAUCAACGCCUUCUACCAACAAUUCGCCAGCAGUCGCCAGUUGGAGAAACAAACAAGUGACCUCUAUCGGUUGGUCCAAGGACCUACCGAGUCGGUACGCGAUUAUUUUAACCGUUUUAAUUGUGAAAAAAUUAGCAUAAAAAACUGUGAUGUCAGGACAGCCAUCGAAGCAUUCAAGAGAGGUCUCGUCCCCAACUCAGAGCUGUACCGGGAACUAACCAAAUAUCCCUGUGCAAACUUCGAAGAAGUCAGAUCGGGGGCUACUGCCCAGAUGCGGAUUGAAGACGACGAGAUUACACGAAUGGUUUCUCAGCGACCAGCAGGGGGCAGCAGCGACAAGAGGUUGUACACCCCAAGGAACAACGGCUGGAGACACCAACCAUACAACCGCCAGGGUCAGGUACAAAAUGUCAAUCAAUAUGAUGAUACUAACAGUGUUUACAGGAAUGAACGGGUCGUUUAUCCCCCCAUCUCCGAGUAUGGCUUCAACGUCGACAUUGGAGGCGUGGUAAACACCAUUCAAAGUGUAGGUGGUACUGUCAGAUGGCCUAAGAAGAGUGACAGACCAGACUCUACGAAGGACAUGAGCAGGUGGUGCGACUUCUACCGCGACAAUGGCCACACAACCGAGGAAUGCAUCUCCCUCAAAAAGGAGGUGGCGUAUUUAUUGAAAAGAGGCCACCUGAAGGACCUACUGAGCGACAAAGGAAAGGAGACGUACAACAAGGAUAGCAGCUCCCAACCCAACCCAGCACCAAGCGGCGACCGACCAGCCCCGCCCACGUUCGAAAAAGUGGUAAACGUUAUUUCUGGUGGUUCAGAUAUAUGUGGACUAACUUCUUCUGCAGCUAAAAAAAUCAACAGGGGCGAAUCUGAAGCCGUCAAAGAGGGGCAGACCGAAGACGAAGUAGCACUCGACAAGUCAUUAGCGGCGAUGAUAAUAACUUUCGACGACUCAGAUUCAACCGACACAAUACAGGAACAUCAUGACGGGCUAGUCAUAUCGCUCCCAAUAGGCAACGCUCUCAUCAAAAGGAUAUUGAUCGACAACGGCAGUUCAGCAAACGUAUUGUUCCUAGAGGCUCGGCAGGAAAUGGGACUAGACGAAAAGAGUAUAAUCAGAAGGUCGACAGUCCUAGUAGGAUUCAGUGGAGAAUCGCUACGAACAGUAGGAGAGAUAUCGCUGCCUACGUACGCGGAAGGUGUUAAUGUGAUGACCAAGUUCAACGUCGUCGACUGCCCAUCAGCAUACAACGUCAUUUUGGGACGACCAUGGAUCCACAAAAUGAAGGCGGUGCCGUCGACAUACCACCACUCAAUCAAGUUCCCAACCAAAUGGGGAGUCAUGGAAAUCAAAGGACAGCAAAGGGACGCAAAGAAAUGUUAUGAAACGACGCUGAAACCAUCAAAGUCAUCCAUCUAG